ACAACAUCUCGAGCGUGACCCGGACGCUUCACUCUCUCUGCGGAUCCUCCGGAGGAUGAACUGAACCUUCACCGACUCCUUGAUAUUAUUUUUUUUCUGCCGCAGCGGGGAGACACUCUAUCGGAUCUAUGAAAAAAGCCACGUGGAUUAGUGACACCGUUGUAAACCAGAAGGAAUGUAUAUGUUCCUCGUCAAACUAACUCUCCUGCUGCCGCUGAUCGGACAAACACGAGGCCUGAGAUGCAGAGAGUCGUGUUCGAACCAGGGGAAAUGUGAACCGACUCCAGAUGGGAACGGAGAGUGCAAGUGCCGGGACGGAUACAUAGGAACCCGCUGCCAGUUUCCUGACCCGUGCGCCGCCUCGCCAUGCUCCAACGGCGGCGCGUGUCGUGCCUUCACCAGGGGGAGCACGGUGGACUUCACCUGCUCCUGCAGACCGGGCUACACCGACCGCCACUGCCAGACGCCCGUCCACAACGUGUGCAGCAGCUCGCCGUGUCGCAACGGAGGGAUCUGCGAGCUCGAGACUCUCACGACGUACAAGUGCCGCUGCCCGCCUGGAUGGUCAGGUAAACUCUGCCAACAAGCCGACCCCUGCGCCUCGAACCCGUGUGCCAACAGCGGCCAGUGCUCCACCAUCGAGUCCCACUACGUCUGCACCUGCACGCCGUUCUUCUCCGGGAAGACCUGCAAACAGGACGUCAACGAGUGCGAUGCAUCCCCGUCGCCCUGCAGGAACGGCGGCGUGUGCAUCAACGAGGUCGGCGGCUACAGAUGCCAGUGUCCGCAGGAGUACAUGGGCCGGCACUGCGAGAGCCGCUACCUGCCGUGCAGCCCGUCGCCCUGCCACAACGGAGGCACCUGCAUCCAGAAGGGAGAGACCAGCUACGAGUGCUCCUGCGUGCCAGGUUUUAAUGGGAAAAACUGCAGCUACAACAUCGACGACUGCCCCAACCACAGGUGUGACAACGGAGGGACGUGUGUGGACGGAGUCAACACCUACAACUGCCAGUGUAAACCGGAAUUCACAGGUCAGCUGUGCACCGAUGACGUUGACGAGUGCCAGCUCAUGCCCAACGCCUGCCAAAACGGCGGCACGUGCCACAACAUCCACGGCAGCUACCAGUGUGUGUGUGUGAACGGCUGGACCGGGGACGACUGCAGCGAGAACAUCGACGACUGUGCCAGCGCCGCCUGCCACUCCGGCUCCACCUGCCACGACCGCGUAGCGUCUUUUUUAUGUGAAUGCCUGCCUGGCCGCACAGGUUUGCUGUGCCAGCUGGACGACGCCUGCAUCAGCAACCCGUGUCAGAAGGGCUCCAACUGCGACACCAACCCCGUCAAUGGAAACCAUUUCUGCACCUGCCCCUCGGGAUACUUCGGUGCUUCCUGCGACCAGGACGACAACGAGUGUGCUCUGGGCUCCAACCCGUGUGAGCACGCGGGGAAGUGCAUCAACACCAAGGGCUCGUUCGAGUGCAAGUGCCAGCACGGCUACAUGGGGCCGCGGUGCGAGCUGGACAUCAACGAGUGCAUGUCCAACCCGUGCAUGAACGAGGCCACGUGCCUGGACCAGAUCGGAGACUUCCACUGCAUCUGCAUGCCAGGCUACGCGGGGAACUUCUGCGAGAUCGAUUCGGACGAGUGCUCCAAUGCUCCCUGCCUGAACAACGGCAAGUGUAUCGACAAGAUCAACUCCUUCGACUGCCAGUGCCCCACAGGCUUCGCUGGGAACCUCUGCCAGAUCGACAUCGACGAGUGUGCCAGCACGCCAUGCAAAAAUGGCGCCAAGUGCACAGACGGGCCCAACAAGUACACCUGCGAGUGCACUGAAGGUUACUCCGGGAGACACUGUGAGACGGACAUCGACGAGUGCCACUCGAACCCCUGCCACUACGGCAGCUGCGUGGACGGCCUGGCCUCCUUCAGCUGCAACUGCAGACCUGGAUACACGGGCCGGCUGUGCGAGACCAACAUCAACGAGUGCCUGAGCCAGCCGUGCAGGAACGGAGGCACCUGCCAGGACCAGGAGAACUCCUACAUCUGCAGCUGCCCCAAGGGAACCACAGGAAUCAACUGCGAAAUCAACAUCGACGACUGCAAGAGCAACCCCUGUGACUACGGGACCUGCAUCGACAAGAUCAACGGCUACGAGUGUGCAUGUGAGCCGGGCUACAGCGGCACCAUGUGUAACAUCAACAUCGACGAGUGCGCCAUCAACCCCUGCCACAACGGCGGCACCUGCAUCGACGGCAUCAACGGCUUCAUCUGCGUGUGUCCGGACGGUUACCAUGACACCACCUGCUUCUCCCAAGUCAACGAGUGCCUCAGCAACCCGUGCAUCCACGGCCACUGCGACGACAAGAUCAACGGCUAUAAGUGUCUGUGUGAUCCUGGCUGGAGCGGCAAGAACUGUGACAUCAACAACAACGAGUGUGAAUCCAACCCGUGCAUGAAUGGAGGCACCUGCAAGGACAUGACCAGCGGAUACGUGUGCACCUGUCGCGUGGGCUUCACCGGACCCAACUGCCAGACCAACAUCAACGAGUGCGCCUCCAACCCCUGCCUCAACCAGGGGACGUGCAUCGACGACGUGGCCGGCUACAAGUGCAACUGUGUCCUGCCUUACACGGGAGAGAACUGUGAAACCCUGAUGGCGCCCUGCGGCUCCAAGCCCUGCAAGCAUGGAGGGAUGUGCCAGGAGUCCGAGGACUAUCAGAGCUUCUCAUGUGUCUGUCCUGAAGGAUGGCAAGGACAAACCUGUGAGGUGGACAUCAAGGAGUGUGUGAAGAAUCCCUGCCUCAAUGGAGCGACCUGCCUGAACACUCCGGGCAGUUACCGCUGUGGCUGCAAACCGGGCUUCACCGGACGCAACUGUGAAACCAACGUUAACGACUGCACACCCAACCCCUGCAGCAACGGAGGCAUCUGCAAGGACGAGGUGGACGGCUUCCUGUGCACCUGCCUGCCCGGCUUCAGGGGCACGAAGUGCGAGGAGGACAUCAACGAGUGCGAGAGCAACCCGUGCAAGAACGGCGCCAACUGCACCGACUGCGUGAACAGCUACACGUGCACCUGCCCGGCCGGCUUCAGCGGGAUCCACUGUGAAAACAACACCCCCGACUGCACGGAGAGCUCCUGCUUCAACGGCGGCACCUGCAUGGACGGCAUCAACACCUUCACGUGUCUGUGCCCGCCCGGCUUCAUCGGCAGCUACUGCCAGCACGACAUCAACGAGUGCGACUCCAAACCGUGUCUGAACGGCGGCACCUGCCAGGACAGCUACGGCACCUACAAGUGCACCUGCCCUCACGGUUACACCGGACUCAACUGUCAGAACUUGGUUCGCUGGUGCGACUUGUCCCCCUGUAAGAACGGAGGAACCUGCUGGCAGCGGGUCACCACCUACAGCUGCGAGUGUGAGACCGGCUGGACGGGUCUUUACUGUGACGUCCCCAGUGUUUCCUGCGAGGUGGCAGCCAAACAGAGAGGAGUCGAUGUCGCCCAUCUGUGUCGUAACUCGGGCCAGUGUCUGGACGCAGGAAACGUUCACUACUGCCACUGUCAGGUGGGCUACACCGGGAGCUACUGUGAGGAGCAGGUGGACGAGUGCACGCCCAACCCCUGCCAGAACGGAGCCGUCUGCACCGACUUCUUGGGCGGAUACACCUGCAAGUGCCUGCCAGGCUACGUGGGGACCAACUGCUCCGACGAGAUCAAUGAGUGCUUCUCCCAGCCGUGCCAGAACGGGGGCACCUGCAUUGACCUGAUCAAUACCUACAAAUGCUCCUGUCCCCGAGGAACCCAAGGCGUGCACUGUGAGAUCAACAUGGACGACUGCAACCCGUUCACCGACCCCGUCACCAAGGAGCCCAAGUGCUUCAACAAAGGCAAGUGUGUGGACCGGGUCGGGGGCUACCACUGCAUCUGCUCCCUGGGCUACGUGGGGGAGCGCUGCGAGGGGGACGUCAACGAGUGUCUGUCCAACCCGUGUGACCCGCGGGGGACGCACAGCUGCAUCCAGCUCACCAACAACUACCGCUGUGACUGUCGCACCGGAUACACGGGUCAGCGCUGCGACACUGUGUUCGAUGGCUGUAAGGGGAAACCCUGUCGUAACGGAGGGACCUGCGCUGUCGCCAGUAACACGCCACACGGCUUCAUCUGCAAAUGUCCUCCUGGCUUCACUGGCUCCACGUGCGAGUACGACGCCCAGGCCUGCGGCAGCCUUCACUGUCGCAACGGAGGCACCUGCAUCUCCGGCCACAACAGCCCCAAGUGUCUGUGCACCCCGACGUUCACCGGGCCCGAGUGCCAGUAUCCCACCGACAGCCCCUGUAACUCCAACCCCUGCUACAACGGCGGCACGUGCGAGUACACUUCCGAGGCGCCGUACUACCACUGCGUCUGCCCCACGGACUUCAACGGCCUCCGCUGCCACAUCCUGGAUUACAGCUUCCCGGGCGGGUUCGGCCACGACAUCCCGCCGCCGUCGGAGGUGGAGGUGGAGUGCGGGAUCCCGCAGUGCAAGGAGCACAAGCACAACAACUUCUGCGACGUGCUCUGCAACAACCACGAGUGCGGCUGGGACAACGGCGACUGUUCGCUGAACUUCAACGACCCGUGGAAGAACUGCUCGGCCGCGCUGCAGUGCUGGCGCUACUUCAACAACGGGGUGUGCGACUCGCAGUGCGAUAACGCCGGCUGCCUGUACGACGGGUUCGACUGCCAGAAUCUGGAAGGUCAAUGCAACCCUCUGUAUGACCAGUACUGUAAGGACCACUAUGCCGACGGCCACUGUGACCAGGGCUGCAACAACGCUGAGUGUGAGUGGGACGGCCUGGACUGCGCCAACAACAUGCCGGAGAAGCUGGCGGUGGGCCAGCUGGUGGUGGUGGUCCACAUCGCGCCCGAGCUGCUCCUCAGCAACUCCUCCGCCUUCCUGCGCGAGCUGAGCCGCGUGCUCCGGACCAACGUGGUGCUCAGGAAGGACGGCAAGGGCGAGGUGAUGGUGUAUCCGUACUACGGGAACGAACACGAGCUGAGGAAGUACAACGUGAAGCGCUCGGUGGACUCGUGGUCCGAGGCUCCAGCCAAGGUGCUGGACGUGGUGAAGAGGAGCCUGUACCAUGCUGCAGGAGGGAGCAGGAGGAGGAGGAGGGAGCUGGAUCACCUACAGAUUAAAGGCUCCAUCGUGCACCUGGAGGUGGAUAACCGUCAGUGCUUCCAGCAGUCCAGCGAGUGCUUCCAGAGCACCAACGAUGCUGCAGCCUUCCUCGGGGCUCUGGCCUCCAGCGGGAAACUGGACGUCCCCUACACCAUCGAGGCUGUUUACAGCGACUUGGACCAAAAGUUCUCACCGAACCUCUACCCCAUCUACCUGGUCCUGGGCGGCGUCGGGAUACUGGCCUUCCUCGGAGUCGGGAUGGUGGCUGCCCGAAAGCGGCGCCAUGAGCACGGGCGCCUCUGGCUCCCCGAGGGCUUCAAGACCACAGAGACCAGCAAGAAGAAGAGACGUGAGCCUGUCGGAGAGGAUUCAGUGGGAUUAAAGCCACUGAAAAACACUUCGGACAUUUCGCUCAUGGAUGACGCCCAGACGGACUGGGGCGAGGACGAGCCCUCGGAUCCAAAGCGCUUCAGGCAGUUUGACGAGCAGGCGAUCCUGGAGGUGGACGACCAGACGGACCACCGCCAGUGGACCCAGCAGCACCUGGACGCCGCUGACCUGCGCGUCCCCUCCAUCGCUCCCACACCCCCUCAGGGCGAGAUCGAGAACGACUGCAUGGACGUCAAUGUCCGGGGACCAGAUGGAUUCACGCCUCUGAUGAUCGCCUCCUGCAGCGGGGGAGGUUUAGAAACCGGCAACAGCGAGGAAGAGGAGGAUGCCUCCGCCAACGUGAUCAACGACUUCAUCUACCAAGGUGCUGCCCUCCACAAUCAGACCGACCGUACGGGGGAGACCGCUCUUCACCUGGCCGCCCGCUACGCCCGGUCCGACGCCGCGAAGCGCCUCCUGGAGGCCAGCGCCGACGCCAACAUCCAGGACAAUAUGGGCAGGACACCUUUGCACGCUGCUGUGGCUGCUGAUGCCCAGGGGGUUUUCCAGAUUCUGAUAAGGAACCGCGCCACAGACUUGGAUUCCCGUAUGCACGACGGUACCACCCCCCUGAUCUUGGCGGCCCGGCUGGCGGUGGAGGGUAUGGUGGAGGAGCUCAUCAACUGCCACGCUGACGUCAAUGCAAUCGAUGAUUUCGGUAAAUCCGCUCUACACUGGGCUGCAGCUGUAAAUAACAUUGAGGCUGCUAUUGUGCUUCUUAAAAACGGUGCCAACAAGGACAUGCAGAACAACAAGGAGGAAACACCUCUGUUCCUGGCUGCCAGGGAGGGAAGCUUCGAGACCGCCAAGGUCUUACUGGACCACUUUGCCAACAGGGAAAUAACUGACCACAUGGACCGGCUGCCCAGAGACAUUGCACAGGAGAGAAUGCACCACGACAUUGUGCAUCUGAUGGACGAGUACAACCUGGUACGAAGUCCUCCCAUGCAUGUCGGGUCUCUCAGCACCACCUUGUCGCCCCCUCUUUGCUCGCCCAACGGUUACCUGGGCGGCAUGAAGCAGCCACAGUCUCAUGGUCAAGGCAAGAAGGCUCGCAAGCCCAGCACCAAGGGCAUCGGCUGCAAGGACGGCAAAGACAUGAAGGCGAAGAAGAAGAUUUCCCAGGAUGGAAAGUCCGGGAACCUCCUGGACAGCUCGGCUGUUCUGUCACCCGUUGACUCGUUGGAGUCUCCUCACGGUUACGUGUCUGACGUGGCCUCGCCGCCCAUGAUGACAUCACCUUUCCAGCAGUCGCCAUCUGUAUCCCUGAACCACCUGCAGGGUAUGUCUGACCCUCACCUGCCUGUAAACCACAUGGUGAUGCCAAACAAGCAGGAGCUGGCUCGCAUGCAGUUUGACCCGCUUCCUCCACGUCUCACCCAUCUGCCCGUGUCUGGCUCCGGUGGCCAGGGCGCCAUGAACGGCCAGUGUGAUUGGCUGUCCAGGAUGCAUGGCACCAUGAGCCAGCAAGGCCAGUUCAACCCUAUGCGGGGAGGUCCUCACCAGGGAGGCCAACAUGGGAUGAUGACCGCCCUCCACAACGGCCACACCGCCACCAGCCUGUCUCAGAUGAUGAGCUACCAGGGGAUCCAGGGCACCAGACUGGCUCCGCAGCCCCUCAUCAUGCAGCAGCAGGCUCAGCAGAUGCAGCAGAUGCAGAACCUGCAGCAGCUCCAGCAGCAGCAACAACAACAACAACAGCAGCAGCAGCAGCAGAACAUCCAGCUGCAGCAUCAAAACUCAAACAGCGCCAACAGCCAGAGCUUCAUCAGUGGUGAGCUGAGUUCUCCGGAGCUCCAGCAGGGCACCGGCAGCUCCAGCAUGCCCAUCCACACCAUCCUGCCACAGGAGACCCAGAUCAUGCCCUCCGCCAUCAACCAGUCAAUGGCCAGCACCCAGUUCCUCACCCCACCCUCCCAGCACAGUUAUUCAGGGCCCAUGGACAACACCCCAAACCAUCAGGUCCAGGUGCCGGACCACCCCUUUCUAACGCCCUCCCCCGGCUCCCCUGAUCAGUGGUCCAGUUCCUCACCUCAUUCCAACCUGUCCGACUGGUCCGAGGGCAUCUCGAGUCCACCGACGAGCAUGCAGUCUCAGAUUGGACAUAUACCCGAACAGUUCAAAUAAAGAGCAUGCGUCUUUCUGCCCAGAAGAGCUGCUCUCUAUUUUUUUUUACAAAAAAAGGCACUCUGUGAAACAAAAAUGAGAAAAAGGGCAAAGUUGUAAACAAGAUUUGAUAGGACUUUUUUUUAUAUGCUUUCCUACUAACAGCAACACCUGCUUUUCAUCCAUUAUUUUUAUUUAUUAAUGUCUUGUUUUAUUUAUACACAUUGCCUGCUUACAGAAAUUUCGGGGAUCCAUGGUGUUGGGUUUGUACGCAGGACAGAGACGAUCUUUUAGAGACUCUUUUCUUGUAGUGCUUUUUUUUCUGCAGUGAAGUCGCAGCAUACACACUGGGUAUUUAUUUCCUCGAGGACUUUUAGUCUUUGCCUUUUUUUUCACAUGAUUUCUCAGUCUUUGUUUAUAUUGAUAUUUUUUUUUGUAUAAUCUUGUUUAUAAAGAAAAUUGUGAUUAAGGGGCAUUUUAUAGAGCACAUUUUAUGUUUCAGUGUUAUUUCAAUUCGUGGUUAAAUGUGGGAAAUCGUCUAGUAAGCAGGUGGAGAAAGAUAGCGGAGGAUAUGUCCUGUGUUUCAUGCGCAAGUCCUUUUCCCCUUUUAAAAUAUUAUGUGAUUCUUAGUUACACUCUAGAGUUGUGUACAUUUCCAGAAUCGGUGGAACAGCGUUGCGUUGUGCCUCUAGAUUUGAUUGCAUUCAUACGUAGAGAUGUGGUGGAGUUGUGAAACGGUGUACAGUAUACAGCCAUCUUGGAGAUUGGCGGUUAAGACAGGCUUGAGUAUCUGCUGGUCCUGUGGUGUUGGAGAACUGGCCGGUUGGCCACAGUGUAUGUUGAUGUCCAGAGGGAGAAGGAAACUUCAUUUUCCCCCGUCCCUCCGAUUAGUUUGAGCCUAUGGCUGUGUUCAUCCUUUUGUAAAUAUGUUCCCGUGUAAGCAAGAUUUUGUUUAAGAAAUCUGAUGUCUUAAGCAUGCAAUUUUGAUCGGUCUCGCACCAGUCAACAGCCUCUAAAAUAUCAAACAGAACAGAAUAUAUAUAUAUUUUGUAUUUUACUGUCCCUUAUGCAUAAAUAAAUUGGAAUUAUAUACAAAUAGAUACAAUAUAUUGUUAGGCGACAUUUUUCUCAUAAAAAAGAAAAAAACAUAAUAAAUAUUGAGGUUUUAUAAACUGAUAUUUAUUUACUGUUCUGUAACACAAAAAUCCACUGAGGCAUCCAUCUGUGUAUGUUAUGAAAUGUUUUUGUUACACUUCAGUAAAAUGGGGAAAAGAAAGUUUGUUGGAUAAGUUCUCAGUUGUGUUCUCGAGUAUCAUUUGGAAAUUGUUCUGAUUUAAACAAAAAAAACAUAUGGUUGUAGUGAAAUUGUAAUAUCUGCAAUAUGUUUCCUUCCUCUCAAAGUUAUGAUUUGCAAGAAAUGUAUUUUAUCUUUUCAUU